CGUGUAGCUGUCCCAGCCAAAGGGGUGAAGUCUGGCCACACCCAGGGGAUUUUAAACUUCCCAGAAGACCCAGCCAGUUCAGCGUGACCGGUCCUGGUCACCCUGUCACUGCCAUUGUGGGUGAGGCCGUUGUGUUACCCUGUCACCUGUCCCCUAGGAUGAGCGCUGAGAACAUGGAGGUGAGAUGGUUCCGAUCUGAAUUCUUUUCAUUUGUGCACCUGUAUCAGCAUGGAAAGGAUCAAUACGGGAAGCAGAUGCCAGAAUAUCGUGGAAGGACAGAGCUUUUGAAAGCUGGCAUCACGGAUGGGAAUGUUUCCUUGCAAAUUCUUAAUAUCAGACGCUCAGAUGAAGGACAAUACAACUGCUUUGUUCAAGAUGGUCCUUUUUAUGAAGAAGCCCCAUUGGAACUGAAGAUAGCAGCUUUGGGCUCCAAUCCUCUCAUCUCUGUGGAGAGUCACCAAGAUGGAGGGAUCCGGGUGGUUUGUCAAUCGGCUGGGUGGUACCCAGAGCCCAAGGUGCUAUGGAGAGAUCCCAGUGGGCAAGAAUUACCAUCACUCUCCGAAGCAAAAUCCCUAAGGGGUAGUGGCCUAUUUGAAACAGAAAAUUCUAUUAUUAUAAAAGAACGUUCAAACCAGAACCUGUCCUGUUGGGUCAGGAACACCGUUCUCAAUCAAGAAAAGGAAUCAACAGUUUAUAUAGCAGAUUUCUUUUUCCCGAGGGUGAAUCCAUGGAUGGUGGCUCUGAGUGUGAUUCUCCUAGUUUUGUUUGUUUGUUUGAUUGGCCUCACUGUUUAUCUAUUUAACAUGAAAGGGAAACAUCUUGGAGAAAUCAGGAAACGCGAUACAGAAAUCAGGAAACAUCUUGGACAAAUCAGUAAGUUCCAUUUUUCUCCACACAGAACUUUUUCCAUUAAGUUGUUUGCUGUUUUAUUAUUUAUGAUGAUUAUUGUUAAAGAGAGAUGCCUGGGAAGUUCUGCGCCACCUGUACAAGAAGUGAAUGUGACUCUGGAUCCAGACACGGCUCAUCCCUGGCUCGUCCUGUCUGAGGAUCGGAAACGUGUGAGAUGGGGAGACACACAGCAGGAUCUGCCCGACAACCCUGAGAGAUUUGACUAUUGGCCCUGUGUGCUGGGCUAUGAGGGAUUCAGCUCGGGGAGACAUUGCUGGGAGGUGGAGGUGGGGGAUGGGGGAGGCUGGGCUGUGGGGGUGGCCAGAGAGUCUGUGGGGAGGAAGGGAGAGAUCAGCCAUAGCCCUGAGGGGGGGAUCUGGGCUGUGGAGCGGCUGGAUCAGUUCCAGGCUCUCACCUCCCCUGCGACCCCCCUGCCCCUGAGCCGGUUCCCCAGCAGGAUCUGGGUUUGUCUGGACUGUGACCGGGGGCAGGUGACAUUUAUCGAUGCUGGUGACGAGGCCCCGAUCUUCACUUUCCCGCCGGGCUCCGUCCCUGGGGGGAGAAUCCGACCCUGGUUCUGGGUGUGGGCGGGAUCCCGGCUCAGCCUGUGUCCCUGAGACACACAGCAGAGGGGGGAACUGGAAAUCAGCCUCUCUAGCCUCAUGGAUCCCAGUCUUUAUGACCUUGGAGGACUCCCAUCUACCCAGCCCCUUUCUCCUCAUCUCUAUGGCCCCUGGAAGCACCUCCCCCUCCCUCUCUGCAGCCUCAGGGAUGGGGGGAGGAGGGGGAAGAACCCCUGGGGC